AUGAUUUUCAAGGCGCUGUUGCUCUGCGCGGUUUGCGCUUGCGCAUAUUCACAAAACUAUAAUGGACCUACAACGACCCCUGUACCGAUUCUCAAACAGAUAAACAAACAAAAUGACGAUGGUUCAUACAGCUUUGGGUAUGAAGCAGCUGAUGGAUCGUUCAAAAUUGAAACGAAGUACCCCAAUGGUGACGUAGCUGGGAAGUAUGGAUAUGUAGACGAGAGUGGCAAAGUCAGGGAGGUUUCAUAUGGUGCAAGCAGUCAAAGAGGAUUUGAGCCUGAAGGUCCUGGAAUCAUGGUGCCACCACCAACUCUUCACGAUCCAUCAUCCACCAAUGCUUUAACCGACGGCCAAGAAGAUGAUGGUCAAUAUAGAGAGGACCCUAAAAUCUACGAAGACCCAAAAUACAAUAGUAGAGUCCAAUCCAGACCUAGCUCGUUUAGACAGUAUCAACAACCAGCGCAACAAGCCAGCUUCCAAACGCAACCAAAGUUCCAAUCAAGCUUCCAAUCGCAGCCACAACAAACAUUCCAGUCUAGUUUCGAAUCGCAACCACAACAAGUACAACCGCAACCACAAUACCAACCGCAGUACCAACAACAACAAUAUCAACCACGACAACCAUUAUAUACUCAACAAAAUGACCUGUUCAAUCAGUCCCCCCAACAAUUCACUCAGGAAUACAGACCUCAAAGCCAAGUUUACCAUCAACAACCACAAUUCUCCUACCAAGCUUACACCCCACAACCAUACCAGAACUACCAAACCCAAAAACCAUACCAGAACUACCAAACUCAAAAUUAUCAAGGCCAAAAUUUUAACCCCUUUAACGGACACCCAGCUCAAAACUUCGACCCUAACACAGGCUCUUAUUCUAUCAACUUCACUGGC